UAUUUGUAUUUUCCUCGCCUCGCGCCUCGUCUCCUCCCUCUCCCCUUUUCUUUCAUUUUGCCCAACCCGGCGGCGGCUGCGGCUGCGGCUCCCCCCGAAGGUUGGAGGAAGCUCCCCGAAACCCUCGCUGCCGCUGCCGCUGCCGUGGCCGCUGCCGGCGACGAAAUUGUUGUCGGGAGGGAGGAAGCCAUGGAGGGCGCUACCGGAGUCGGUGCGUCCGAGUGCGAGCGGAAGCCGCUGUCGGAGGUGGUGGGCGACUGCGUGCAGCGCUGGUUCCAGGACGCCUUCAAGGAGGCGCGCAAAGGGGACGUCGCCAACCAGGUGCUCGUCGCGCAGAUGUUCUUCUCGGGUUACGGGGUUCCCAAGAACGAGUACAAGGGAAGACAAUGGAUGGACAGGGCAUCCAAAUACAGGAGUUCAGCGUUGAAGGUUGGCAUGAAACGUCCAGGAUACAAUGCAAGUGACUCUGACUCCGAUGAGGCAAAUGAUGAUGCCAACCAAUAACACUCAGUUAUGAAUUGAGUUAGGAGAAUUACAGGGUAAUUACAGAAGCUAUGGUUAAUCUAGUGUCAGUCCCAGCAACUUGAGUGGGCUGAGACUGCUGCUUUCGAUUGGGAUUCAGCUGUGCGCAAGAGCUAUCAAGUAAAUCUUGUAAACUAAUUUGGAUGCUUCAAAGUACAGUGUACUCAGUAUCUGCUUGAGAAAACCAAGUGGACUAUUCAAUUUGGCAAUGUUUCAGUAUAUUGAUUGAAUUCAUUUUUACCCCCUUUUUUUCAUUUUGCCAUCAAACAAGCAUAUAUUAUGUUGAAUAUCCA